UCAGCCCAAGUGGUAAUACAACUUUGUAUACUAGAGAAAAGGAAGGUGAACAUGAUAUUAUUAAUUUACAGAUAUCAUAUAUGAUUUCUGCAUGGGCAAGAAUGUGCAAGAUCCUUGGAAAAGAAUUCCAGCAAUAUCUUCCUGUUGUUAUGGGUCCUUUAAUGAAAACUGCAUCAAUCAAGCCUGAAGUGGCUCUCCUUGACACACAAGAUAUGGAGAACAUGAGUGAUGACGAUGGUUGGGAGUUUGUAAAUCUAGGAGACCAACAGAGUUUUGGUAUUAAGACUGCAGGCCUUGAAGAAAAAGCAACUGCAUGUCAGAUGUUGGUUUGCUAUGCCAAAGAACUGAAGGAAGGAUUUGUGGAAUACACAGAACAAGUUGUGAAAUUGAUGGUUCCUUUGUUGAAAUUCUAUUUUCACGAUGGUGUUCGUGUAGCAGCUGCAGAAUCAAUGCCUUUGCUCCUGGAAUGUGCAAGAGUUCGUGGCCCAGAAUACCUGACCCAGAUGUGGCAUUUUAUGUGUGAUGCCCUAAUCAAGGCUAUAGGAACAGAACCAGAUUCAGAUGUACUAUCAGAAAUAAUGAAUUCUUUUGCCAAGUGUAUUGAAGUUAUGGGAGAUGGAUGCCUUAACAAUGAAUACUUUGAAGAACUUGGAGGAAUAUUAAAAGGAAAACUAGAAGAGCACUUUAAAAAUCAAGAAUUAAGACAAGUGAAAAGGCAAGAUGAAGACUAUGAUGAGCAAGUUGAAGAGUCUCUGCAAGAUGAA